UUUGAAAACACCGAUGGUAUUUUUUGAAAACACAAUCCAUCGAUAUAUCGAUAGUAUCGUCGAUAUUUUUCCAUUUCUAAUUUGUACGGAAGUUGUCAACGUAGUCAAAAACAAGCUUAAAGCCGUAAAAUAAAAUGUUUAAUAUACAAACUCAUAUGGACUAUGAGGGUCAGUACAAGGCUGAGAAGUUCUCUCGCUUCAUCAUAACACUUUUUGGUAUCGUGGGACUGAUUUGGGGUGCUAUCAUUCAACAAUUUUCACAAACUGUCUAUAUUCUGGGCGCAGGAUUUUUGUUGGCAUCUAUUAUCACUAUUCCACCGUGGCCAAUUUACCGCCGACACCCUUUGAAUUGGCAAAAACCACGUAAUAUCGAGCCGCCGGCAAGUAUUGGUGACGACGGAAAGAAAAAGAAGAAAUAAGCUGUAUAUAUGCAGCUAUACAGUAGUUAUUAAAGAAUUCCAUUAACUAUUUAAAAUAUUGAAUUCGUAUAAGUUAGAGGAACGUAAAAUUACAAAACUAAAAUCAGAAAGUGUAUUUGCUUAAUAAUCUGCUCAUAUAUACAAAGUAUAUAUCAC